AUGCUGAGGUUUGUCCUGUUGAGCGCUCUCGCAGCCCUGGGUAAGAACUGAAUUUCUUCCGGACACUCUCUCUGUCUGCCUUUAUAUUUCCCCCCUCGUUCACUCUCAUUCCCUCUCUUUUCUUAUUCAGACUCCCUUUCUCUCUCUCCAUUUUCUCUCUUUCUCUCUCUCUAUCUCUUUGAGUAUGUACAGCAUCCAGAAGAAAUCUACUUUAAGCUGUGUGUUUCUGUCCUGUAAUCUCCUGCAGUGCUGGCUGUGGAUCUGGUGCCGCAGCCCAGAUACCUGGAAGAUGUUCCUGAGCAGAGAGUUGUGGGUGGUGAGGUCGCCCAACCCAACUCCUGGCCCUGGCAGGUAAAACAUUAGCCUGAUCCCAGGCCUGUACUAAAUGUGCUUCAGCCAACUCGUCGAUACUCCGCUGUCAGAGGAGUUGGCUAUGAUACAAACAGAUCUGGGGCCAGGCAAGAAAAAUAUUACUGUUGAGAGAUGUUACUUGAAUAAAACUGUGAGCAUCAGACCUAGGCGGAAAAUAGUUGUAUUUUGUAGUUUAUUUGAAAAUUCUAACUUUUCAAAUACUCAAGGUAGUCAAAUAUACACUGAGUGUACAAAACAUUAAGAACACCUUCCUAAUAUUGAGUUGCACCCCCUUUUGCCCUCAGAACAGCCUCAAUUCGCCGGGGCAUGGACUCUACAAGGUGUUGAAAGCGUUCCACAGGGAUGCUGGCCAGUGUUGACUCCAGUGUUUCCCACAGCAGAUUUUCCUAAUGUUUUGUACACUCAGUGUACUUUAUAUAGAGUUUCAACUAAAAUGCAAUUGUUUUCUUUGAUAUUGAAAUACAGGUCUCGGAAAAACAAAUAAUAUUUGAAGGUAUUUGCAAGUGAUUUGAAACCCCCCCCCCCCCCCCCCCCCCCCCCCCCCCCCCCCCCAAAAAAAAAAUAUGUAAUUGAUGGCUGCCAAAUAUUUGAUGAAGAACCAAAAACUACAACAGUUGAUUGAAUUAGUGUAAAUAUAUGAUCAUUAGCACAUGGUUUGGAGGGCUAGAUAUUAUCUUAAUAUAGCCUUUAGUAAAUAAUGAAAUACACGAGGGACACGGAAUCACCUCAGCAUUAGAGUGGACCACUUUCGCAUCUUCAAAAUGAAUAACAAAUAUAUUUUGAUAAUGCGUGAGACAUAAGAUAAUGCAGUAACACUUGACAUCCAGUUCUUAUACAUGUGUAGUAGCUGUGUGAUUUAUUGCGCUAGCAACAUUGUUGUUACACGGGUGUUGCUUUACAUGUUACAAACAGAUAAAGCAACACCUCACGGCACAACGCCUCUCCCCUAUUUGACCUAGAUAGUUUGUGUGUAUGUAUUGAUAUGUAGGCUACGUGUGCCUUUUAAAAAAUUGAUGUAGUUCUGUCCUUGAGCUGUUCUUGUCUAUUAAUGUUCUGUAUUAUGUAAUGUUUUGUGUGGACCCCAGGAAGAGUAGCUACUGCUUUCGCAACAGCUAAUGGGGAUCCUAAUAAAAUAUCAAAUACCACUUUGGAAAUUGCUUGAGAAUUGCAUAAUACUGGAGUUAUCACAAGUGGAAUAAGGAACGGUCAAUAUUCCUCUUGUGUACUGUAGUUACUAACUCUCAGCUCAUUGCUAUGCAAUUAAAAUGCAAUUACCAAAGUAUUACUGUAACAACAUGGUAAUAAAAUAUUGCUCCAAAAGAAUUAGAUUUGUAUUACACAGGCACAAGAACAGUUUAAUGUUAUGUGUUACUGAGAAUGCUAACAGUAACAAAAUAUGACUACUAAGUGUCGAAAGGAAACUAAAUAUCCCAAAACUGUCUUCUUGAAUCAACUACAGCCAAGGUGGAGAAUAUCAUGUUAGUUUUGUAUUCGUACUAAACUAUCCCUUUAAAGAUGGUAUAGUGUGUGUUUGAAACAAGAAAACGUACCCUCAGAUGGACAAAGAGUUUCGGAGUUGUUUUUGCUAAGCAUCCAACUUGCUGUUUGCAAUGUUAGCAAAUGGCAUUGAAGUACUCUGCAGUAUUUUCAGGUAUUAUAAAAUUAAUUGCAGCGUUUCAACCUUUCAGUGGCAUGUUGAAAGAGUCAUACAGUAGUUGAGCAUCACAACUUAUUUAUACUUAUCUGUACAAAAUAUCCUUGGUUAAUUGGUUUGACUUGAUUAUGUACACAUGGGGCAAUGGACAUUCAGGAGAAUGGACAUUUACAGAAUGUUCAGAUAGAAAUUGUAUUGUGUAGAUCCAAUAUGACUGUCAGAUAGAUUGGAAUAGGAGAUUGGGUGUGCUCUAUUUACUGUAUUUCUAUCUGCAACAUGCCGUUCCACAUACAGCCCUGCAAAUACAGCCCUGUAAAUACAGCCCUGCAAAUACAGCCCUGCAAAUACAGCCCUGCAAAUACAGCCCUGCAAAUACAGCCCUGCAAACACAGCCCUGCAAAUACAGCCCUUCAAACACAGCCCUGCAAAUACAGCCCUGCAAAUACAGCCCUGCAAAUACAGCCCUGCAAUAAGUCCUGAAGACAGCCUCCAAUAAGCCUUCAAAUAGCACCCUGCAAUCGCCCAUGCAAAUAACCUGCAAUACACCCUGCAACACAGCCUGCACCGCCCUGCACAAGCCCUGCAAAUAAGCCCUGCAAAUACAGCCCUGCAAAUACAGCCCUGCAAAUACAGCCCUUCAAAUACAGCUCUGCAAAUACAGCCCUGCAAAUACAGCCCUGCAAAUACAGCCCUGCAAAUACAGCCCUUCAAAUACAGCUCUGCAAAUACAGCCCUGCAAAUACAGCCCUGCAAAUACAGCCCUGCCAUUAGUUGAAGACAGCCAAUCCAAUCAAUAGUUUCAGAGAAGUAGUCACUUCCUGAGAUCUGUAUUCAAAUAUAUAUAUAUAAAGUUGCUUUCUCAGGUCUGUAUUCAAAUAGUUUUUAAAAGUUGUCAUUUUUUGGGAUGUGUAUUCAAAUAGUUUAAAAAAAGUACUUACUUUCUGAGAUCUGUAUUCAAAUAUAUAUAUAUAUAUAUAUAUAUAUAUAUAUAAAGUUGCUUUCUCAGGUCUGUAUUCAAAUAGUUUAGAAAAGUAGUAAUUUUUUGGGAUGUGUAUUCAGAUAGUUAUCACCUCCCAAAUUACUAUUUGUUCACCAGAAGAAUAGUUACUUUCCACAACGCAGAGUUAAAACUAUAGUUAUCCCAGGUCUGGUGAGCACCCUCUGGUUAUCCCAGGUCUGGUGAGCACCCUCUAGUUAUCCCAGGUCUGGUGAGCACCCUCUGGUUAUCCCAGGUCUGGUGAGCACCCUCUGGUUAUCCCAGGUCUGGUGAGCACCCUCUGGUUAUCCCAGGUCUGGUGAGCACCCUCUGGUUAUCCCAGGUCUGGUGAGCACCCUCUGGUUAUCCCAGGUCUGGUGAGCACCCUCUGGUUAUCCCAGGUCUGGUGAGCACCCUCUGGUUAUCCCAGGUCUGGUGAGCACCCUCUGGUUAUCCCAGGUCUGGUGAGCACCCUCUAGUUAUCCCAGGUCUGGUGAGCACCCUCUGGUUAUCCCAGGUCUGGUGAGCAACAACUCAGUCUUUUAAAAAGUGACAAACCUUUUUUUUGUUCUAAUCCUCUCCUCCCUUCAGCUAUUGAAUCUCCUCAUCUUUAACAUCCUCCUUUCACCUCUCUCUCUCUCAAUUCAAUUUCAAUUUCAAUUUAGGGCUUUAUUGGCAUGGGAAACGUAUGUUAACAUUGCCAAAUCAAUGAAGUAGAUAGUAAACAAAGUGAAAAUAAACAAUAAUAUUAACAGUAAACAAUUACACUCAGAAUUUCAAAAGAAUAAAGACAUUUCAAAUGUCAUAUAAUGUAUAUAUACAGUGUUGUACCAAUGUGCAAUAGUUAAAGUACAAAUGGGAAAAUAAAUAAACAUAAAUAUGGGUUGUAUUUACAAUGGUGUUUGUUCUGCACUGGUUGCCCUUUCUUGUGGCAACAGGUAACAAAUCUGUCAGGCUGUGAUGGCACAACUGUGGUUUUUCACCCAGUAGAUAAGGGAGUUUAUCAAAAUUGGGUUGUUUUCGAAUUCUUUGUGGAUCGCUGUAAUCUGAGGGAAAAUGUGUCUCUAAUAUGGUCAUACAUUUGGCAGGAGGUUAGGAAGUGCAGCUCAGUUUCCACCUCAUUUUGUGGGCAGUGUGCACAUAGCCUGUCUUCUCUUGAGAGCCAGGUCUGCCUACGGCGGCCUUUCUCAAUAGCAAGGCUAUGCUCAUGAGUCUGUACAUAGUCAAAGCUUUCCUUAAGUUUGGGUCAGUCACAGUGGUCAAGUAUUCUCUCUCUCUCUCUCUCUCUCUCUCUCUCGGCUCCUCUCAUCUCGUACUCUCUCUCUCUCUUGCUCUCUCUCUCUUUCUCUUCUCUCUCUUUCUCUCUCUCUCUCUCAUCACCUCUCUCUCUCCUCUCUCUACUCUCUCUCUCUCUCUCCUGCUCUCUCUCUCUUCUCUCUCCUCUCUCUCUCCUCUCUCUCUCUCUCUCUCACCCCUCUCGCUCUCUUGUCCUCAGAUCUCUCUCCAGUAUUUGUCUGGCAGCUCCUACUACCACACAUGUGGAGGUAGUCUGAUCAGGAGAGGAUGGGUCAUGACUGCUGCUCACUGUGUGGACAGGUAGGACAAAGGAAGACGUAGAAUAGCUACAUUUUUCCAAGAGUUAACGUUACACAAAUAAACAACACAUGACAGAUACAAAUACAUUAUACAAGAUAAACAGCGAGUUCGAAUUAAGAUUUAAGAUAUGGAUGUAACUUCCUAAGUGACCAAUGUAUUAUUGGGUACGUACCGUUUUAAAAGUUUAUAAAUUGAUAGUUUUUUUGUUUGUAGUUUAGAGUAGGCCUAACAUACGUGGCAGUUUCACCGCGACAGAUUCCAACUUUAAAGAUCGCUAUAGAAUGGAUGUAUGUUGUAUAACUUCCUAAGUGACUUCCUAACUGACUUCCUAAGUGACUUCCUAAGUGACCAAUGUAUUAUUGUGUGUGUCUUCAGCCAGAGGACUUGGCGUGUGGUUCUGGGAGACCACCACCUGAACAGCAACGAGGGUAAGGAACAGAUCAUGACUGUCAGCAAGGUCUACAUCCACAACGGGUGGAACUCCAACAACGUCGCUGCAGGGUACGGAACUCAUUUGUAAUCAAUUGUUAUUUUAGUUGAAGUUUAAAAUCGCGUCAGUGAUUGGUUUUGAAUUUAGCUACACUAGUUAAAUGUCACUAUUUUGACACGUUCUAAUGAUACCAUGUUGUGCCGUUUUAUUAGAUCUUUAAAAAUAAGUGUUCUGUGGUCCGGUUAUAAUAACAGUUAUCUGGAGAAUUAUCCCAGUAUUAAGUAGAUGUGCUAGGGGGUGAAGUGCCACAGAACAGGAGGAAGGUUAGGAUGAAGGAAUAUUAUGACCUGAGGUGAAAAUGAAGCCUUCUGGACGUGUUCCUUUAACCCUCAGAUCUGACAUUGUGUUCUAAACUCAGAUCGACAUUGUUGAUCACUUCUAACCCUCGAUCUGACAUUGUGUUCCUUUACCCUAGAUCGAUGGUCCUUUAAACCCUAGAUAUGACAUUGUGUUCCUUAUAACUACAGUAUCUGGAAUGUUUCCCAUUUAACUCAGAUUGACAUUGGUGUCCUUAAUCCUCAAUGAACAGAGGUCUUAAGCCUCAGAUUGAAUUGUGAUCAUUUAUACCCUCAGAUCUGACAAUUGGUUCCUUAACCCUCAGAGACAUUGUGUUCCUUAACCCUCAGAUCUGACAUUGUGUUCCUUUAACCCUCAGAUCUGACAUUGUGUUCCUUUAACCCUCAGAUCUGACAUUGUGUUCCUUUAACCCUCAGAUCUGACAUUGUGUUCCUUUAACCCUCAGAUCUGACAUUGUGUUCCUUUAACCCUCAGAUAUGACAUCGCCCUGCUGCGUCUGUCCACCGAGGCUUCCCUGAACUCUGCUGUCCAGCUGGCUGCUCUGCCUCCAUCUGACCAGAUCCUGCCCAACAACAACCCCUGCUACAUCACCGGAUGGGGACGCACCUCCAGUGAGUUGCAUAAGUAGUUAACAGUAACCGAACUGGGAAAUGGUUUUUGGGUUAAUAUUUGUAGACUUAUAUUUGUGUCUAGUUUAUAGUUGUCUCUCUUUUUUCUAUACGUUUAUCUAGCCGUAUGCACUAUGAUCCCCAUCCUGUUAUCUUCUCUAACGUGUCCCCUGUCCUUCCUAUAGCCGGCGGUUCUCUGUCCAACAGCCUGAAGCAGGCUUUGCUGCCCAGCGUUGACCACCAGACCUGCUCCAGCUCUGGCUGGUGGGGAUCUACUAUCAAGACCUCCAUGGUCUGCGCCGGAGGCGGAGCCAACGCUGGAUGCAAUGUAAGAAUAGUGUAAUGGAAUAAUUUGUUUAAAUGUUGGUUGUUCCAGGGUUUGAACCUGCGACCCUGCCUCUCUCGUUCUAACAUCUUUUUAUUUAUUUUUAUUUUUGUGUUCUAACAUCUUACCUGUUCUCUUAGUGGGGCACUACUGAGGACACUACAACAUGUUUUUGGAUUAAUUAAAUGUAGUUUAUUUUCUUUAUAAUUUAAAUGAUGUCAUUGCUUACAUAUUUAUAAACAAAUAAUUGAUGUGUUGUAAGUAUCUUUCCCUGGUGAAGCUCUCCCUCUCCAUCGUUCUAGGGAGACUCUGGCGGCCCCCUGAACUGCCAGGUCAACGGUCAGUACUACGUCCACGGAGUGGCAAGCUUCGUGUCCUCUUCUGGAUGCAACGCCAUUCGCAAGCCCACCGUCUUCACCCGUGUGUCUGCUUACAUCAGCUGGAUGAACGGGGUACGUACUGUAUAGCUAGGGGACAGGAGGAGAACAUUUACUUCAUUUCUCUCAAAGCUUGUCUAUGGCAUUGUUAUGCACAUUUUAAUUAGUCAAAUUGGUGUCCGUCUCAGCAACAAUACUGACUGUAUUUUGGGCAAAUGUCUGAAUCCUGGUCUAAUUAAUUGUCUUUCCUUUCCUCUGCAGAUCAUGGGUUGA